UACUGGCUUUGUCGAAAUAUUUUCCCAUUUUAGUGAUAUUUGAAUAGUAAGGUACAAAACAUCUAAGUGAAUUGUGAAAAAACGAGACAGUUCGUUGCUUGUAAUGAAAUGAUUAAGUGAAAAAACGUUUAGGAAAGAAAAUGUUUACAAUUAAAUCUCUAAUGUUUGGACCAGAAAGAACGGCUCAGAUAAAGCUUCGUGAGACCUUUGUGCAAAACUUAAAUGGAACAUCAAAAGAAGAAAUCAUUUUCUUAGCACCAUUUCCCUAUUUAUUCAUAUUUAUAUCGGUUUUUAUAAAGUGUUGGAUUCUUAGGUCUACAAAAUUGAAUUUAUGUUACAUAAAUGAACUUGGACAAAUUAAAGUUUCCAGUGUGACAAAUUUUUUGCUAGAGUUUCUCACAAUCGUUGUACCGCUUGUACUCCAGUUAACACUCUUUGCAGAUGCUGCCUUUGAAGGCCUUCUUUUCACAUCACUUUUCACAUUUUUCAUAAUCAUAUUUUCUGUGUCGUCACUCAACAACAACAAUUACUGGCGAACUCCUGAUUUCACAAGUUGGUUUCUUUGUAACACCAUGCCUACAAACAAUACUGUAUGUAUUACAUAUUUCAGAACAUUUAUUUUUCUGUUGACAUCAAUAUCAAUUUUAGCAGUGGAUUUCCAAAUAUAUCCCCGUCGAUUUGCUAAAGCUGAAAACUACGGAGUUUCACUCAUGGAUUUAGGAGUAGGUUUGUAUGUCAUGGCAAGUGGUGUUGUUUCCAAAGAAAAAUUUGCAAUUAGAAAAUUUAAAGAUAAUUUCUUUGAGUCCUUACCACUUUUAUGUUUCGGUGUGAUAAGAUGUGUAAUUAUGCAACAAAUUGACUAUCAAAAACACAUUACCGAGUAUGGGACUCAUUGGAACUUUUUUAUUACGCUUGGUCUAGUGAAGAUGAUGGCAAAUAUUAUUUUAAAAUUGUUUAACAAUCACAGUCUUAUAUGCGCGAUCGUCUUGUUAAUGAUUCAUGAGUUUCUUCUUACUUGGUCUUUGGAACAAUACGUAAUGAUGGACCUGCCAAGAGAUAAUCUGAUUAAAGCUAAUCGUGAAGGAAUUGUGUCUCUUCUUGGAUAUCUGUGUAUCUAUAUCAUUGGAAUAUCAACAAAACGCCUUAUUGGUAAUGUUGACAGAAAAAGAGGACAAUCUGUGAAAACAAAACUGCAUUCUAUGAUCGUUUUUAGUGUCGUUUUCUCAAUGUUGUAUCUCACGUUAAAGUUUACUGAGCCCAUCAUUAAAGUAUCAAGAAGACUUGCAAAUACUCCUUAUAUCCUUUGGACUACAACAGUUUGCUUUGAAUACCUCAUAUUAGGGCUUGUACUUGAACUAGCUUUCUUACUCUUUUUACCAAAAAGCACAACCAGCUCUUCCUGUAAUGUUUUCAAUUUGUUAUUACCGGAUCUGUGCAAAGCUAUAAAUAAUAACGCUCUUCUUUUUUUCUUAGUUUCAAAUUUAUCAACAGGGUUUAUUAACAUGUAUUUUGAUGUGCUGAACUUUGAAACGUGGAGAAGUAUGCUUAUGUUGUUAUUAUAUAUGUUGUUCAAUUGUUCUGUUGUGUAUACUUUAAAGCUGGGUAAUAUUAAAAUAAAACUUUAUUAA